AACUAGUACUUAAACAGCUGUUACGAAAAUAUCUUUUAUUUUUUUUAAAGAAAUCUAAACAAAAGAACUUUUAAAAUAGCUACAAACAUGAGAUCUAUUUGAAAACAUAAAUACAAAUAAAGGAAAACGAAAACUGCCAGCAAACGCACCCAAAGCAGAGUUCAAGUUGUCUCAAAGAAACAGACCUUGAAAAGCAAGCUACAAUGAGUCACUUGGGCCUUGCGGAUGUGCAGCAGUCCGAGGAUGCCACUCCUGACCUGGAAUCCUUCACUGGCUUCGGCAACUCCGCCGCCGAGGCCUUCAUUCAAAGUCUCGCAGGAAUGGUGAAUCAGGGCGAUGUGGAGACCAUGAUACGGGCUCAAAAGCAGAUGCUGCAACGCUUCGAGAAAACCAACGAGAUGCUGCUCAACUGCAAUGCCUUAUCGCAGAGUCGUCUGAAAAGUGCCAGCGAGGAUUUCAAAAGACACGUGAAAUGCCUGAGCGAAAUGAAGAAGGAUCUGGAUUACAUAUUCCGUAAGAUACGGGUCAUCAAGCAGAAGCUACAGUCGCAGUUCCCCGCCAUUUACGCCGAAGUUCAACCGCAACGUAGCAGUUUGGCGGAGGAAGCCGAGGAUGAUACGGAAGCACAGGCGAAAAAGACUGCAGAAACACCUGCUCCUGCUGUCGCCAAACCUCUAUUAUCCUCCAAAAAGAGUGCCGCCACCAUAGAGUACGUGCAGAUGGAGGAGGCAGUGGACAAUGGCACUGUGGAGAUCGAAAACGAGCUGAUCAAGCGAGUUUGUUCCGUGGAAACUGCCAAUCCCAAUGAUUCCUCCGACUGCACAUCCGAGGAUACAGGUUGAGCCUAAUUAGCUUUAGUCCUUCGAUAUAUUUAUCUUCAUAUAAUAACUUAUUGGUUUAAUAUUUGUAUAAUCUGAUACAUACAAGGACACAAUCCGUUUAGUUAGAUUUAAAUGAAAUAUUCGUAAUAAUUUAAGAAACUAAUGGCUUAAAAUAUAA